GCGAACUUCAAAGUGGCAAAUCUUAUUGCUGACUGGCUGGCGGCCCACCAAAGUCCUUAUCACGUCCUGGGAAGCGAGCCCUCGCGCGCCAGAUAGUCCGAGCUGAUCCCGGCGCGAGGAGGCAGCGGAGAGCGAGGACCCCCGCGCGAGACGGAGACGCGCCACGCCACGCCACGCCACGCCACGCCGCGCGCGCUCGGCCCAAUUAGCGGGGUUUUAAAAAUAUCCGUGUUUGUAUAUUUAGAGAAAAAACCAAACAACAACACAACACAACAACACACCAAUCGUCUUGAUCAGUUUCUCCGUCGAGCGGCAGCAGGACGCUUCGCCAUGGCUGCGGUGGCCGUACUGCGCAACGAGACGCUCCAGGCUUUCCUGCAGGACCGAACUCCCAACUCCUCCCCGGAGAACUGCAAGCACUCCCCGCUCGCGCUCCUGGCGGCCACGUGUAACCGGAUCGGGGGCCAUCACCACGGAUCCAACCCCGCGGACUUCCUCCAGGUCCCGUACGACCCCAGCCUGAGCUCCCCGUCGCGUUUGUUUCACCCGUGGAGUACCGAGGGGAACCCCCAGAGCAGCCUCCCCGGCAGCUCGACUUUCGGACUACCCGCCAAGCACAUCCAGAGCUCCUUCAGCGCCCACCACGAGUUGCCCCUCACGCCCCCGGCGGACCCCUCGUACCCGUAUGACUUCUCCCCCGUGAAGAUGCUGCCGUGCUCUAUGCAGUCCCUGCAGUCGUCCUGCCCCCCCACCUACGUCCCCGCGGUGACUUACGCCGCCCCGACGCCCAUCCCGCCCGCCAUGCCCAGUUUCGUGACGGGACCCUCCGGCCUCGUGCACCAGCAGCAAAGACAGCUGUCCCCCAACCCGGGGGAGGACAUUCCGUGGUGGAGCCUGCAGCAGGGCAACCCCGUCAGCCACCACCCGUCGCCCCUCGGCCCCCACCGCUUCCAGCUGCAGCGAGGUCUGGUGCUGGGACACACGGACUUCGCGCAGUACCAGACCCAGAUCGCCGCGCUGCUGCACACCAAGUCCCCGCUGGCCACCGCGCGGAGGUGCCGGAGGUGCCGGUGCCCCAACUGUCAGUCGUCCGCGUCCAGCGACGAGCCCGGCAGGAAAAAGCAGCACAUCUGCCACAUCCCGGGCUGCGGGAAGGUCUACGGCAAGACGUCGCACCUGAAGGCGCACCUGCGGUGGCACUCGGGCGAGCGGCCCUUCGUGUGCAACUGGCUGUUCUGCGGCAAGAGCUUCACGCGCUCGGACGAGCUGCAGAGACACCUGCGGACUCACACGGGGGAGAAGCGCUUCGUGUGCCCCGACUGCUGCAAGCGGUUCAUGCGCAGCGACCACCUGGCCAAGCACGUGAAGACGCACCAGAACAAGAAGAGCGGCCGGGGCCACGACAAGGCGCUGGACCACGUCAAGCGGGAGGGCGCGCUGCCGUAGCCGCACCACGCGCCGCGAGCCGCGAGCCCCGAGAGUCCGCGCGGACUGACUGGGAGCCGCUAGAGUGCGGCGCGCGAGGACAGCG